AUGACGACACGGCUGGUGGACUACUUGGCCGUUGUGGGUACGAAUUUGGAUCCGAGAGACCACUUAAUUACAACCAGCACCAGCACCAGCACUGCCACUACUACUACUACGACUGUUCCGAUGAUGGGUGGUGAUGAAAAGAGGAUCCUAUUCAGAGAUGGUCCUCUCAAGACUGAAGAUGAGAAGGAUGGAGAGCAAGAUGGAGAAAAUCAUGAUUUGGAGGAUGUAACAACAAGUACAAGUACAAAUGAAUUUAAUUCUAAUCAAAUAUUGUUUACGGAUAAGGUGAAGAAACCCAUCAUACUGGAUCGAUAUCCGAAGGAAGAUUUUCCUAAUUAUCCAUUAUCCAAUGAAAUUCCGUUAUUUUGCUUCCCGAGUGGAGAAAUUAGCAUUUCGGUUGAUGAAUGCACAUUACCAUCGUUCUUUACAUUUGUAUUGACAGGGUCUGAUGGUAACAAGACGUAUGGUGCUUGCUUGAAUGUAUGGGAGGAAUAUAAUUUAGAUGAUUUGAUGCUUCCUUCUCGAAAAGCUCAAGUUGAUGAAGAUUUAAUCUCUGUUGUUUUUGAUCCAAUCAAAACAGAACGAAAAUCCUCAACCAUUUACAUGAGCAAGAGCAUUUGUAUCAUAUCUCACUAUCCAUUUUACAAUGUAUUUAAAUUCUUUUUAACCCAAAUGUACCGUAUUAGUAUUACUCCAUCCAAGAUUCCAAUUGAAAGAUUUAUCAGCAAUUUUGUGUCAGAAGUGCCACUUCCAUCUCAGGGAAAGGUACAAGUACAUUACAGCAUUGGAGACAAAGAAAUUUAUAUUACACGACCACCACCCAAUGAUCUGCCGUUAGCAGAACUUGAUUUUGAACUAUUAUUUAGCGUUUUGUCACUGGACAAUAUAUUAAUUCUAUUUGACUUGAUUUUGCAAGAACGAAAAAUUUUAUUCAUUUCGGAGCACGUUGGUAUUUUAACACCUGUUGCCGAGAUUAUUUGUCAACUUUUAUUUCCCUUUAAGUGGCAUCACAUUUAUAUUCCUUUGCUCCCAGCCAAGUGUGCUGAAUUCUUAUUUGCUCCUGUUCCAUUCAUUAUGGGUAUACAACGACAAUCCAUUACUAAUAUUGAGAUACCAGCGGACGUAUUUCAAAUUGAUCUUGAUAAUAAUCUCAUAGUUUGCAACAAGCAACAAUCUAUACCCAACCUUCCAGAGAAACAAAAAUCUAAACUGAAAAAAACCUUGUCAGAUAUUGUAAAAUGCAGAGUUGACUCAUCCCGAAGUGUCGAGAAGAGACAUUUCUAUGAUUUAGCAUAUUCCAUGGCUCCAUUGCCAGAUGAUAUUGAUCCUAUUACAGGAGAGAGUUAUGUGUUCCCUACUAAGGAGGUACGCCUUGCGUUUUUUAAUUUUUUCGUCAAUCUCUUCGGUAGAUAUAGAACCUAUUUUAAAGACGUUGACGAUACAGAUAAGGAAUACUUGAUCAACUUGGAUUUGGAAGCACACUUCAGAAAAAAAUCUUUUAUUGCUUUUCUUCCAGAACAAGCUCAGCCCUUUAUGACCAUCUUCUUACAGACACAGUCCUUCGAAAGAUUUUUACUAGAUCGUCUGGAAAAAACCAAUCAGCAUGAAGUAUUGCUAUUUGAUGAACACAUUAUUGAAAAGAACAAUAAGGAUGCAUUUCGAUUCAAAAAGACACCUCUUCACUUUAUUACCAAAAAUUAUUCUAUCUCGAAAACCUUGAUGAGUCUGUCCCCAGAUUUAAGCAACUUACCUGCCACCACCGAGCCAUACAUUUACUCUCGAUUUCCAACCUCUUUCGAUCAUGGUUUGUUCACGAAACGAGAAUAUUCUCAAUUACUAGUUUCAGAGUCAGAAAUCAAGUCAGACAACGAAAUUAACCUCUCAUGGAAAGCAUGUAUUACCACACUGUCAUCCCUUUCAGGACAUGGAAUGCCAAACUCUUCCUCCACAGACACAUCUCCAAGAUAUGUGCCAUUCAUCAGUAGCAGUAGCAACAAUUCCAAACUGGGAAUAUCAAACAUGUUAUUCGACGAGCUGAGUAAUAGCAAUUAUUUCAACAGAUUUUCAUUCAAUACUCACUCUGAAUGUUAUCAUUGCCAUCACAUGUGUAAUGAGAACGAAAUUAGAACAGGUUGGAAUUUAAAGAGUGCACAAACUUACACCACACAAUGUUCCAUGUGUAAGAAACCUUUUGUUCCUCGAUUUGAAGUCUACUUUACACUUGACAGCGCUUCAACAGAAGAACAACAAACUACAACUCAAUUAAUCACAAGUGUUGAAUAUCUCUCUCCUCUUGUAUUAAGGAAAGAAAUUGACAAUCUAGUUUCGCAUGAUGUCAAAGCUGACUCUGCAUUAGUUUGGCAACAUCCAGUUCUGUUCUGGAAUUUAAUUGUGCAUUUCAGAUCAUCACCCUUACCCCUUAGCUUUAUUUUCCCAUGCAUUGAUUGGAACGAGGUGAUUACUCAUCUUGUCACAACCUUAACUCAAAAGAGCUCUGCGAUCAUUCUUUAG